AUGGGCAGAGCUCUGACAAACACCCUGGUGCUGUCCAUGGUUCUGGGCAGUUCAGCUGUCCUAAUGGAUGCUUUGUCACCAAGCCCUGGGGAACCAGUGGUAAAUGUGGCUGUGGUUUUUGGAGGCUCUUCAUACCCUCUCCACAUACGCAGUCGGCUGACGCAACAGAGUUUCCUGGACAUUCCUCUGGAGAUCCACCCUGUCACAGUGAUAGUGAACGACACCAACCCGAGCACUCUCUUGACCCAAAUCUGUGACAUACUUGUCAACACAAAGGUCCAUGGGAUUGUCUUUGAGGACAACAUUGGUACAGAGGCCGUGGCUCAGAUCCUUGACUUUAUCUCAUCCCAGACCCAUGUACCUAUCAUCAGCAUCAGUGGAGGAUCGGCUGUGGUCCUGACGCCCAAGGAACCCGGCUCUGCAUUUUUACAGUUGGGUGCCUCAAUCGAGCAGCAGAUCCAGGUGAUCUUCAAAGUCUUGGAGGAGUAUGAUUGGAGCUCCUUUGUUGUUAUCACCAGCCUAUACCCAGGAUACAACGUCUUUCUGGAUGUGAUACGGUCCUUCACAGAUGCCAGCUAUUUUGGCUGGGAGAUGCAGGAACCCCUGACCUUUGAGAUGAGUCAGGAUGGGAGUGAUACUAGAAUGCAGCGGUUGCUGCGUCAGAUAGAUGCUCAGGUGAUGAUUGUGUACUGCUCACGGGAGGAGGCAGAAUAUCUCUUCCAAGUGGCAGAGCAAGUUGGCUUGAUUGGACCUGGCUAUGUCUGGAUUGUGCCUAGCUUGGCUGUGGGGAACAUGGAUGUCCCACCCAAUUCUUUUCCUAUUGGCCUCAUCAGUGUGGUCACCGAGAACUGGAAAAUGAGCUUAAGGCAGAAGGUCCAGGAUGGUGUGGCUAUCAUCGCCCUGGGAGCAGAGAGCUAUUUCAAGACCUACGGCAACCUCCCUAUGGUGGGAAGAGACUGCAGGACACCUCCCAGUAGUCCUACAAACAACACUUUCUACAGGCAUUUGCUCAACGUGACUUGGGAGCAGAGGGAUUUCUCUUUCAAUGAAGGCGGCUACUUGAUCAGGCCCACCAUGAUAGUGAUUUCGCUGAACCGGCAUCGGCUCUGGAAGAUGGUAGGGAAAUGGGAGAAGGGGAUCAUCCAGAUGAACUAUCCAGUGUGGCCGCGCUAUGGAUCUUUCCUACAGCCUAUGGCAGACAAUCGCCACCUCACAGUGGCUACCCUCGAGGAGAGGCCCUUCGUGAUUGUGGAGAACACAGAUCCAAACACAGGAGUGUGCAUCCGUAAUACUGUCCCCUGCCGGAAGCAGACCAACUACACUGAGAGUGGUGCUGAUGAACCCCCCUAUACCAAACUCUGCUGCAAAGGCUUCUGCAUUGAUAUUUUAAAGAAGCUGGCCAAGACAGUGAAGUUCUCCUAUGACCUCUACCUGGUGACAAAUGGGAAACAUGGAAAAAUAGUGGAUGGUUUUUGGAAUGGCAUGAUUGGCGAGGUAUAUUACAAGCGAGCAGACAUGGCCAUUGGGUCCCUCACCAUCAAUGAGGAGCGCUCACAAAUCGUGGAUUUCUCUGUGCCCUUUGUGGAGACUGGCAUCAGCGUCAUGGUGGCAAGGAGCAAUGGAACUGUCUCACCCUCUGCUUUUCUAGAGCCCUACAGCCCAGCCGUGUGGGUGAUGAUGUUUGUGAUGUGUCUCACUGUGGUGGCCAUCACCGUCUUCAUGUUUGAAUAUUUCAGCCCUGUUGGCUACAACCAGAAUUUAACCAGUGGCAAAAAAUCUGGAGGCCCUUCUUUCACUAUCGGCAAGUCUGUCUGGCUGCUCUGGGCCCUGGUCUUCAACAAUUCAGUGCCCAUUGAAAACCCCAAAGGCACUACCAGUAAGAUCAUGGUGCUCAUCUGGGCUUUCUUUGCCGUGAUCUUCCUGGCCAGCUAUACAGCCAAUCUGGCAGCGUUCAUGAUCCAGGAGCAAUAUAUUGACACAGUCUCUGGGCUGAGUGAUAAGAAGUUCCAGAGACCCCAAGAGCAGUAUCCCCCAUUCCGGUUUGGAACAGUUCCCAACGGCAGCACGGAGCGGAACAUUCGGAGCAACUACCACGACAUGCACACCCACAUGGUGAAAUACAACCAGCGCUCAGUGGAGGAUGCCCUGAUCAGUCUCAAGAUGGGGAAGCUGGAUGCUUUUAUAUACGACGCUGCCGUGCUCAAUUACAUGGCCGGCAAGGAUGAGGGUUGCAAGCUGGUGACCAUUGGCAGUGGGAAAGUCUUUGCCACCACCGGCUACGGCAUUGCCCUCCAGAAGGAUUCCAAGUGGAAGAGGGCAAUCGAUUUAGCCCUUCUGCAGUUCCUGGGGGACGGGGAAACCCAGAAAUUGGAGACCGUGUGGCUGUCUGGGAUCUGUCAAAAUGAAAAGAACGAAGUGAUGAGCAGCAAGUUAGACAUUGACAACAUGGCGGGAGUCUUCUACAUGCUGCUGGUGGCCAUGGGGCUGAGCCUGCUGGUCUUUGCCUGGGAGCACCUGGUUUAUUGGAAGCUGCGACAUUCUGUCCCCAAGUCUCACAAGCUCGACUUCCUUUUGGCUAUAAGCAGGGGCAUCUAUAGCUGUUUUAACGGAGUCCAGAACCUGGAGAGUCCUGUUCGUGUUCACAAACCUGAUGUCACUGCUAGCUCUGCUCAAGCCAACGUGUUGAAGAUGCUGCAGGCUGCCAAGAACAUGGUGUCCACAGCGAGCGUUGGGAACUCCUUAGAGAAUGCUACACGCACUAUUGAGAACUGGUCGAACAGGAGUGACAACCUCCAAACCACCUUCUCCUUAAGGACUCCUCAGCUUGUAGUUCAGAACACUAGUGGUCCUAACAGGCCAGACCAGUUCUCCAGCGUAGCAACAACAGAGAAGCUUGGGAGACCUACUACACCGUUACUUCCUGUGCCCCAACAGCCUCUGGUGCCAGCCAGUGAAAGCUGGAGAGGGACAAGCGAACAGCCACCGAUACUUCAUCCAGUGAACUUCCGAGGCAGCUUUUCUGAGGAUAAGGUGCUUCCCGGUUCCACUGUGAACAGCUCCCCACACUACUUGGUGAGAACCACACCUCAGACUCGUAUCAAAAACCAUGUGCCACUCGGAAACCACCUUAGUGCUGCGCCCCACUCUCCAGUAGGGUCUCUUAGGGAGCUUCUCCCACCUCAGCAUAAGCAUAAGCUACCCAUGCCUAGAGGAAAGGAAAGGUUCCGCCAGAACGUUCACUUGGUGUAUGGAGAAGGUGGGCAUGACAGCUUGGCCCAAAUGGCAGGGCUGGUUCACACUCCUGAGAAGAGAAAGGAUUUGGAAAACCACUUCUUGCCUCACGCAUGUGUACACAAAUCCUUCCCCAGAGUUGACAGGACUUGCAGACCUUUCACAUACAAAGAAUCUGACACAUUCGAGCGAAGGAGGGAGAAGCAGAGCCACAGACACAACCUCCCAAGGUCAACCUGGGAGCAUUAUGAGAGACCACAGUCUCUAGGCAUCUGGAAGCAUCAUGGAAAGUCCUCUGUUUAUGGGGAUGUGCCAGACCUAUUCCCCAAAGCUGGUCUGGCUCCAAAAACAUCAACAGUGCCUGGAAUCCAUCGUGGAAUCCACCACUAUCCUCCCGAUGCCCUUAGGCCAAGUCAUACGUGCAAUAGGAAAUGUGUGGGGGCCAACAGUUUGCCUUGGAAGGACCAACGGCUACUGCAUUCUCAAACCACAAAGCUCCCCUCGUAUCGGGAGGCCUGCCUACAAAACCCCCCAGGCAUGCACAGGGCUUCUUCCACAGUGGUGCACAAGCAGUAUGCCUACAUGAACUCUUACACAAACCUGCCUAUUUACUGGGACCACCUUUAUCAGGGCUUUCCUCGUCUGUGCGGACAGUCAAGUGCUACCCAGCACUGUUUCACUCGAGCGCCCUGGUCCCCUUGCAGCAGAGAUUUCUUGGCCCAUGAGGAUGGUCCAAGGAGCAUGUACUUUGGUAGCACAUACAGAGAUUGCAGGGACCGGAGCAGGGUGGAUCCAGGGGUUUUCCAGUUGGUCAACACAGAGAGGAGGGACUUCCUGGCCACCCAGAGGAUGCACAGCCCUUACGCAACGAGGUCUUGGAGGCGUAUCUCUAGCCUAGAGUCUGAGGUCUGA